CUUUCCGGGGUUGUCUUCUCAAAAUAAGGGGUGAAGCAUGUUAGCUAACCCCGAAAGUUUAAAGAUUCUGAAGUGUUAAUGUGUCCAGUGAGUUUUUGCGGUGUUUGUGUGACACAAAGUAAGCGCGUACCAUCAGUCUGAAAUGAGUAAAAGAAGCGGUUGAAAAGUGGAACAGAGAGAGUCGGCCAAAGAUGAUUGAACCAGAGUUACUAACCGAGGUCCCUGCCGCACUGAAGCGGCUGGCCAAGCAGGUCGUGAGGGGUUUUUAUGGUGUGGAACAUGCCUUGGCCCUGGAUGUGUUAAUCCGCAAUCCAUGUGUGCGAGAGGAGGAUAUGCUAGAGCUGCUCAAGUUUGACCGCAAACAGCUGCGAUCAGUACUCAAUACUUUGAAAGCAGACAAGUUUGUCAAGUGCCGCAUGAGGGUGGAGACAGCCCCGGAUGGCAAAACAACACGGCACAACUACUACUUUAUCAACUACAGGGUACUGGUCAAUGUGGUCAAGUAUAAACUGGAUCACAUGCGACGCCGCAUUGAGACAGAUGAGCGAGACUCCACCAAUCGUGCCUCCUUCCGGUGUCCCUGCUGUUUCUCCACUUUCACCGACUUAGAGGCCAACCAGCUUUUUGACCCCAUGACAGGAACAUUUCGCUGUACCUUCUGCCAGACAGAGGUAGAGGAAGACGAGUCUGUCUGUCCUGAUGCCAGGACGCUGGUGGCACGCUUCAAUGAGCAGAUCGAACCCAUCUAUGUCCUUCUACGUGAGACCGAAGAUGUUAACUUGUCCCAUGACCUGCUGGAGCCUGAGCCUGCUGAGAUCCCUGCUCUCAAACAGAGUCGUGAACGUUCUGCAGCAUCUGGAGCAAACCCUGCAAGCGGUCCACACCGUGAAGCCUGGUCUACUAAAGGAUCAUCCUACGCUGACCUGUACACCCAGAAUGUGGUUAUCAAUAUGGAGGAGCAGGAUGAGCAGCAGAAGCAGGCCAGUGAGGGCAAGGCACCCAAAGAAAGGCCUGUUUGGUUGACCCACAGCACCGUACAGGGUGCAUACAGCGAGGCUGACAGCCUAAAGAACCGUGGCGAUGUUGUACCCGGAGCACAGGAUGGAACUGCUGGUCAUGGAAUUGGUCAGGCAGAUGAAAAUGAGGAAGUGAUGCGUGCCCUGCUCAUCCAUGAGAAGAGGGCCGUUGCAGGAGCAGGUGUCGGCGGAGCAAGUUCUGCUGCCAGAGGCCUCACCUCAGCUACAGCUAAUGCCAGCGACUCGGAGAGCGACACCAGUGAAUCAGACGAUGACUCUCCCUCGGGUCCUCCUCUUGCCGCUACUGCUCCGCAUCGGGCCGAGGAGGACGAGGAAGAAGAGGACGACGAGUUCGAGGAGGUGGGGGAUGAGCCAAUGGUGAUGGUAGGAGGUCGAUCAUUCUCGUACAGAGAGGUGAGCCAGAGGCCAGAGCUAGUGGAGCAGAUGUCUGCACAGGAGAAAGAGGCUUACAUUGAAAUGGGACAGAACCUCUUCCAAGACAUGUACUUCUGAGCACACAUGCAUACAUUUGUAUAUACAUACAUUGACACACACGAUAAUACAAUUUGAUAGCGACUUCUGCUGUCUCUCACCGUCAGUGGUGAUGUCUUGUAAAAUAUUUGUGCACAUGACUUCUCAAGAAGAAAACAAGAUGCUGCUCAAGAAGUACAGUCAGCUUCAUGAUCCUUUAUCAAAGGAGCCGAGGACAUGCUUUGACAGUGUUGCCCAAGUGAUCACACUUGUAGUGUUCAACCCUAAGUAUUUUUAAAAGUCACCAAACCAGAAGGGAGCUAGCCUGCUGCAGAGUGCCAAUUAGUUUCUCUUUCUAUUUCCUUUCAGCUGUAAAUUUUAACAGGCUGUCUAAACCACUUGCAUUUAAGCUGCGUUCUUCCGUCGUCAGCCUCUCACGCUGUGGACAGAAGGGACACACUUUUGUUUUAAUCAAUACAGCUUUCUACACACAAGUCAAGACCUUAUGCUUGAUGUCAAUUUUCAAAAAUGGACAUUGAUUGUGUAUUGGGCUGUGAGAGCAGCCAAGAGAUGUCUAAGUGCGUAGCAGUACUGGGGCUGAACAAGCUACUGCUGCUGUUGCUGCUGCCGCUGCCGGUUUCUCUAUGCUGCCUGUGGAGACGAGAUGAAAGGAAGAACAUUUUCUGUUACCAAACAAGUUAACAGACUGGCCCUCAAAAACCCAUCUCAGGCAAAUGAAGAAAGAAUGAAGUUAUGAGUAAAUUGUUGUGCUUACCAGUCAAACAUUUGUUAUUUUGAGCAAUCUGUAAUAAAAAGGAUACUGCAGUACAGCAGCCAUGUG